AUGAAUUCUAGUGAAAGUGGCGUGAGGGAAAGUUUCAGAGAGCUUGUUCGAGAAGUGGAAGAGGCGUUGGAGAGCAGUGGAGAAGAGGGAAGUGGGACGCAAAGGGCUCGUCGGUUGGUGGUGGAUUUGGUUGUGAGGUACCCGUCGUCUAUCCAUUACAGUUGGAAAACGAACCUGAAGCCCAAGGUGGAGUACUUGAAACGGGAAAUGGGGCUCUCUAUAAUGGAGGUGCUUGAAUACCCUCCAUUUCUUGGGUACAGUUUAGAUGGGCGAAUCAGACCGCGACAUGUGGCGCUGGUGCGAAUGGGCUAUGCGGUUGUGGCACGCGAGAUGUCAAGCCGGAUGAGUGUAGGAGACAGGAAGGAUGAUUCGAUUGAAGCUGGGAUACAGAGGAGCAAGCUGGGUUCUGUGCCUGGCAAUGUGGAGGGGGUAGAGGGGACUGUAUGGGGAGCGGAAGAAGGGAAGAGUGGGCCGUUAUUUGGGGUUGUCGGGGGCAAUGAUGAGACAGGGGAGAGAGUUGGUAUGGAGCGGCAGCUUCUGGAUCUGGAGGUGUCAAAGAAAAGGGUGGGCCUGCACCAGUUUCUUCACUUCACAGACAAGAAGUUCGAGGAGAGGUUUGGGCUGUUCCUGUGGGUGGCGGUGUCACCGGCUGUAGCAGAGGAGCUGCUGUUCAGAGGGCUGCUGCUCACGGGCCUGCAAGAGAGGCUCGGCAGGAUCGAUGCUGCCAUGCUCUCUGCAGCCCUCUUCGCCCUCUUCCACCUCUUCCUCUCCAUCCUCUUCCCCAGCAUUGCCCUUGGGAUUGCCGCGGCCUGCUUGCUGGUGCGAAUGGGCUAUGGUUGUGUUGGAGACAGGAAGGACCUCGAUCGGAUCAAAUCGAAUCCAAUCUAUCCUGCGCGAUACGCGUCUUUCCAGCUCCGAAGCCAAGACCAAAACUUUGAGGCGCCUCAGAAUAAGGUAUCGUUCCACGACCGAAGCUUCGUGGCAUGGUCAGCCGCUGCUGCGUCUUCCAGGCGAGUAGACACAGAAGCUUCCGAGGAAGAGACUGUUAUCUCUGGGUCGAAAUUGCUUACCAAAAGCAAGCCUCUAGUAGCGGUGCAAGCGGAGUUUGAAACGCGUACAGUGAAGGACGAGGAGAGGGGGGAUGGGAGAGGAGGGCAGAGGAGAAUCAGGAAAAUGGAAGGGGGAGAGAAGGGAGGUGGGGAUGGGAGGGUGGAGAGGGUAGUAGCGGGAAAUGGAGUCGGGAAGCGUGAGAGAGGCUGCAAGGAGGAGGAGGAGGCAGUGGCAGUGAUUGCUGGAGUGCUGAGGGAUAGGUUCGGGCCUCAGAUUGUGAGAGAGGAGGUGGAGGAUUGGGGAAGCGAUGAGAAAGUGAAAGAGGAGGAGGGGUGGGAGGGGGACGAUCAGGAGGUGGAAAAAGAGGAGGAUGAGGAAGAUGCAGAAGCAGAGGCGUCCCCCAGCAUCCUCAAUCUCAGCAAAGAAACCCUCCUAGCUAAGCUCCAGUUCUUUGUGGAGCUGGUGGGGGAGGAGGCAGCAGGGAGAAUGGUGAGGAGUUACCCAUCGGUUCUGCAACUAUCAAAGAAGAAUCUUCAAAACAAGGUGGCGGUAUUGGCUGAUUUGAUUGGCCGAGAGAAUGCUGUCCGGGGGGUGGCACGAUUUCCUACACUGAUGAGUGCUAGUGAAGAUGGCAUCAGGGAAAGUUUCAGUAAGCUUGUGCGAGAAGUGGAAGAGGCAUUGGAGGGAAGUGGAGAAGUGGGAAAUGGCACGCAGAGGUUGGGAGUCGUUGAUGGAGAUACUUGCUUAGACGGGAAAGAUGAUUGUCGAGCACUUGACUCAGCACCAAGUGUCAAAAGAUGCAGGGCUCAUCAGUUGGUGGUGGAUUUGGUUGUGAGGCACCCGCAGUCUGUCUUCUGCAGCUGGAAAACGAACCUGAAGCUCAAGGUGGAGUACCUAAAACGGGACAUGGGGCUCUCUAUAAUGGAGCAGCAGCUGAGAGGUUUGGCAGGUGGCGAGGCAGGCUGGAUCGACGCUGCCAUGCUGUCUGCAGCGCUCUUCCCCCUCUUCCACCUCUCCCUCUCGCUGCUCUUCCCCAACAUGGCCCUUGGAAUUGCCGCCGGCCUGAUUGUCGUCCACUCCAAUAACGUGCUGCCAGCCAUCCCCCUGCAUACCACUUACCAAAUGCAUCUGCCCUGCUAUCACUCAUGGCUAGCAAGGAAGAGCUAG